GGGAGGACUCGACUCGCGGGCGCUGCGGGGCGCUGGCCCGGCGGCUGCCGCGGGCCCCCCCUCGGACGCCCUCCCGGCUCCCGGCGCGGCCAUGGCGCGGGGCCUGCGGAGCUGGCUGGGCGGCUGCCUCCUGGUGUCAGCCUUAGGAAUGGUGCCACCUCCUGAAAACGUCCGAAUGAAGUCAGUGAAUUUCAAGAACGUUCUACAGUGGGAGGUGCCUGCUUUUCCCAAAGGGAAUCUGACUUUCACAGCUCAGUACCAAAGUUAUAAGAAAUUCCAAGAUAUGUGCAUAAGUACUGCCUUGACGGAAUGUGAUUUCUCAAAUCUUUCCAAGUAUGGCGAUCACACGUUGAGAGUCAGGGCUGAGUUUGCAGAUGAGCACUCCGACUGGGUGAACAUCACCUUCUGUCCUGUGGAUGACACCAUGAUUGGACCACCUGGAAUGCAAGUAGAAGCACUUGCCAAUUCUUUACAUAUGCGUUUCUUAGCCCCCAAAAUUGAGAAUGAACCUGAAACAUGGACCAUGAGGAAUAUUUAUAACUCAUGGGCUUAUAAUGUGCAGUAUUGGAAAAAUGGCUCUGAUGAAAAGUGGCUGAUGACUUGUCAAUAUGACUUUGAGGUCCUCCGAGAUCUUGAGCCAUGGACAACUUACUGUGUUCAAGUUCGAGGGUUUCUUCCGGAUCGGAACAAAACUGGGGAAUGGAGCGAGCCCGUCUGUGAGCCAACGACCAAUGACGAGGCCGCCCCGUCCUGGACUGUGGCCGUCGUCCUGGCUGCCUCCGUGUGUGUGGCCUUCCUGCUCCUCGGCUGCUGUUCCCUGCUGUGGUGCCUGUACAAGAAGACCAAGCGCGCCUUCUCCCCUGGGACCUGUCUGCCUCAGCACCUGAAAGAGUUUUUGGGCCACCCUCAUCAGAAUACGCUUUUGUUUUUCUCCUUCCCGCCCUCUGAUGAGAAUGAAGUCUUUGACAAACUGAGUGUCAUUACACAAGUCUCCGGAAGCAACACGCAGAAUCCUGGUGAUGGCUGUACCCUGGGGACCCUGUCCGGGCAGGGACUCUCCGGGCUGCUCCCUGAGGAGGAAGUGCGCCCAGCUGAGUACAGCACCCCCCUGGUUCUCUCACCUGCGUCUGAGGGUAAACAGAGCGGGAAACCACCUGGGCAAACCCCAAAUCUGGAUCUCAAAGAUUCCGAGACAACACAUAACAACCAAAAGGCUGCAUUUUAAAGACUCACUUGGCAAAAAUAACUCCAUGUUGGGAAUUUGCUGCUUUAUACAGGCUUUAAUGACUUUAAAAAAAGAAAAAAAAAUGUUGACCACUGGGAGUAUAAUUUCCAGCCUCUUACGCUCACUAAUAUACAGAAUACGUUUUAAUUAUAAGAAACAAAGAUAUUUAAAAUGAGGAAUAAAAACAGGUGCUGUAAAAUCCAACCAGACUGUCAAUAGACUGAUCCAAAAAACAGCCUCAACUCAAAAGUGGUCAGCAAACUCCGGAUUCUCAGGGAUACUUGGCCUGGAUUUAUUUUUCUACUGUAGAUGUUGUAUAUAAUGCUGGUUCUCUAUUAAAGUUUUAUUCUCUA